AUGUUCCGCAAACGCGCAGCUUCCAGCUUGCUUCCCUCGUGGCAAGGCUCCAUGAAAACACGCGGCCUGGGCUACAUCUACCCCGAGCCAAGUCCUGUUCUAACGCCAAUGUCAACAUCUCGGUUGCGCAAGACCAAAUCUCAGUCCCGCACGCAGUCGACACCGGUCCAGUGGCUAUUUAGGAGCAAUAUACCACGUAGAAGGACGUCGUUUAUGCCCACUGAUGUCCAGAAGCGCAACUUUUUCGGACUGGGAGAUAUCUUUGGCGUUCUGGCCAAUCCAGCAGAGACUCUCCGCUCUCUAACUGAGUCCAAACGACUUUUGGAGGAAGCGCGAAGAGAGAUCGAGGAGAACAAGGAACGUGCCCAACUUCGCGUCAAGCAUACCUUCUCUCGAUACCCGGGAUUCUUUCCGCGGCCAGCCGAAGUCAACAUCCUCGAACAAGUACUCCAUGGGGAGCCGUCUUUUACUGUACUAUUUGGGUCAAGCUCGGCUGGCAAAACUGCACUACUUCGUGAGGUUUUGUGUAACGACGCUUACCAUGUCCUCCACUUCGACCUUCGUAUCGCAGGUUUUGCCGACCUCCCAAGCUUGUAUACUAGUCUCAGCCAACAGAUGGAGCAGUAUUUUGACGAAAUCGGGAAACAACCUGGAUUCGAGGAGUUUGAGAAGGAAGCUUGGGCAUUCAAACACGACCGGUUGAAUGUUGAACGCAGGAUUAUCGAUAUGCCCCAAGGCUCUGACCUCCUCAGUGUCAGGACCAGCGAUGUCGCGAGGUUAAUGGAGCUAUUUCAAAGCUCGUUACUGAAGUAUCGUGAAUUCGAACCGCUUAAAUCACAGCCCAAGGCGGAUAACAGCCAGCACAACUCUUCCUCACCCCGUCGUUUCCCGUUCUUCCGCAAGGGAAAAGGGAAGGACGUGUCAGAGGAGAAGAUGCAACACAAAGAAAGUCUGCCGUCCCCGAAAAAGAUCCCAGUCAUUCUCUUCGACGAGGCGCACCGACUACCCGCCCUCAUCCACUCCAUCGAAACGAUGAAAUGUCUGCUCGACUCGAUGUUGGUACUGACGAAGCAAGAUCGACUGUGUCAUGUUAUUCAUGCCACCAGCGAUCCAUUCUAUCAAACAUGGCUUCGACAACUGAAUGUGAUGCAGCAUUGCAAGAUAAUCACUAUUGGAGACUGUUCCAAGGCUGAAACCCGGGCCUACUUUUCAACGAAUAUUCUAGAUCGCGUUCCACGUAAACUGCACUCGCGUUUAGAUUUCGAGAGGCUGUAUGAGGCGUUUGGCGGAAAACUGGCGCAUUGGCAUGACUACAUCACGGAUUUCGUCAACUCAGGCGGGACUUUGGAAAUCAAACAGAGCUCGCACUUCCUCCAAGCUCAUGCCCUUCUCAAUCUCCACCUUGUCCACACCUCACAAUCGCCUUCAAGCAAUGCAAUGGUACCCUCUUCAAAUCGAAAUUCUCAAGUCGACAGUAACAAGGGGCGAGUUCGGGUCUCCAGUAACACACCUACUGCGCUGCACCCCAGGCUGGGACCUGCAGGAUUCCGUAUCUAUUCCCCAAUCACCAAUCCCAAUCCCCAAUUCGCUAGUGCCGGUGGCGGGCCGGGUUCUGGCGCCGAUUACUUUUCUGGCGCCGAAUUUUCUGCGAUGGACUUGCUAAAGGUCAUGGGUCGGCUGACUUCGCCGCCUCCUGCAUACACCAGUGUCAAUACCAACGCAACUUUGGACCCUCGCAGGAGAAACACCAACCAGAGCUCCAUUCCAGGACACGAUCGACAAUAUCUUGCCUACUUCCCUCUGUGUCGCGAGCUCGGGGUGCGAGCCGUUGAUGGGCUGGUGAAAGGCCGUGUCCUUGACCUGCGAUGGACGGAAUGCGUCACCAAUGAAUGGGCCGAGGAGCGAUUAACCAAUGGCCACAACUUUCACGGCCACCCAGAAAGCAUCAAUCUCCGUGCCGCCGCAAGCAGUCCAACUGCUGUCGAAAGCAUUCGAACUGCUCCUUCUCAGCAGGGUGUUCACGCACCUGAUGUCGAUGCCCGAACUCCCAGCGAAGCAACAAGUGAACAUGACAUGAUACCCGUCUCAGAAGGGGAGGCGCUGUACACCGACCGCGAGCCAUACUUCCAGUAUCCCGAACACGACGAUAUAGUUGUUGGCUGCAAACUGGUGCCAUCACCGAUAAUGCGCUUCGCAAUGCGCGAGGUCGUUGCGGAGUACGAAGACCAGCGGUCUGUGAGCGACUAUAUGUCACUGUCUGAUGUGGAUGUCGACGAGUACUAG